AUGGUUGACGCAACAGUUGCGAGAAACAUUGCCGGCAUUUGUGGAAAUGUCAUCUCCUUGUUCUUGUUCCUAUCUCCCAUACCAACGUUCAUAACGAUAUACAAGAAAAAAAUGGUGGAGGAGUACAAAGCCGAUCCAUACUUAGCCACGGUGCUAAAUUGCGCACUAUGGGUCUUUUAUGGCAUGCCAAUGGUUAAGCCAGAUAGUCUCCUUGUGGUCACCAUUAACGCAACUGGUCUUGCCAUCGAACUUUUCUAUCUUGCUAUCUUCUUCUACUUUUCUCCCACCCCUCGCAAGGUGAAAGUGGGGCUAUGGUUGAUAGGAGAGAUGGUGUUUGUAGGAAUAGUAGCCACAUGUACAUUGCUAUUGUUCCACACACAUAACCAGAGAUCUUCUUUCGUGGGAAUCCUGUGUGUCAUUUUUGUUAGCCUCAUGUAUAUUGCCCCACUCACUAUCAUGAGCAAGGUGAUCAAGACCAAAAGUGUGAAGUACAUGCCAUUCUCUCUCUCACUUGGCAACUUCCUCAACGGUGUCAUUUGGGUUAUCUAUGCACUUAUUAAAUUCGAUCUUUUCAUUUUGAUCGGAAAUGGACUAGGGGCACUAUCAGGAGCAGUGCAACUUAUACUCUAUGCUUGUUACUUCAAGUCAACACCAAGAGAUGUUGAUGAAGAAGAUGAGGACAACCUUGCUAUGGCUAACUCUCAGUUACAACUCAGUGGCAACCAUGGACAAGCUAAACGAGUUUCAGCUUGA